AGUGUAUGCGCUUCGAAGUUUGAAAGCGCGGGAAAUAUUCCACACCAAAAGCUAUUUUCUGGAUAGAAGUGAUAUCUGUACUUGAAAUAAAUAGUUUAUACAGGAUAAUUCUGGCUUUUCAGAUAUUCGGAAAAAUGGAAUCAAAGAACCACGUCGACAACGAGGAUCUCGGACGGUUCCUCCCGGCCGAACAGUUGGAAAAUACCCCGAGUCGUGCACGCGGUAUGAGUGCUCACGAUGAGCGGAAGCACAGGCGACUGGCCGCGCAACUCACCCAGAAUUUGGGCGAUCGCUUGAAGGUAUCCCAACAGUGCAUAAACACCGCUCUGGUGUAUAUGCACCGAUUCUACGCGCUCCAUCCGAUCGCUGUGUUCCACCGGAACAAGUUGGUCCCAGCGGCACUAUGUCUGGCAGGAAAGGCCGAGGAAGAAGCUAGCCCGCUAUGGCGCAUAGUUGCGGAAUUUCAUGCCUGUCUUAAUGUAGAUCCGCGAGAGGUCAACAUUGCCGAACUGUGCAGAAAUGUGACACUGCACGAAUCGAUUCUGCUGGCGACGCUCGGGUUCAGUUUCGGUGUUGAACAUGCCCAGGAGCACAUCACUAUGAUUUGUGUUCGUCUCAAAGCUUCACAUGCGUUGACUGAAGUCGCAUAUUUUGUGGAAGCUAACAGUUUACAUUUGACCACUAUGUGCUUGCGCUACAAACCAGUAAUUGUGGCUUGUUUUUGUGUUUAUAUUGCGUCGAAGUUGCUGAACGUGGAGGUCCUUCAGCCAGACCAAAAGCGCUUUUGGUUCCAGAACGUGGACCCGACCAUAACGUUGGAUCUGCUAAAUCAGCUCUCGGUUCAAUUUCUCGACGCGGAUGAUAUGCAAGCAGAAAGCUAUCCUUCGAGUAACGGAUAUAAUCACGAUGCCAGCCAAUUCAUUUCAAGGCUGCGCCGAAUGAAAUUUGCAGCCGUAUCUCGGCUUCCUCAGCCUUUACAGCACAAACUGGUGGCAGAAGGUAGUUUGAAUGUGUUCACUCAUGCGGGUUCUCGGCAAGCUUUUGCAACUUUGAUGAAACCCUCCGAAGCACCAUGGACCAGCGGAUCUGUUUCUCUCUCCAAUCGAUCACAGCAUGGUGAUUAUUUUGGACGAAAAUCUGAAGAGUCUGUAAAACAAGUUCGAAAUAGCGGAACAGAAAAUGCUCUUUCCGGACAUGCAAAUUCAAUGUAUGGUAUGAGACGGAAGGAUGUUUUGCCACAAACGUCAUCUGUGAAUUCGGACUUUAAGGAAUCCCUUCCGGAAACCAGGUAUCGAUGGCUUUCGAGCGCCAAUGGUACGUUUAGGUUGCACUUGCUUUCUGCCCCAAUCUCGAAUCCUGAAAUAGAAACUAAGAUGAGAAAUGCAACCCAAUCGCAACAUACAGUAUCAUCACAAAAACCAUUGAGCGCUUGGUCGUUAAAUUUAAGCCCGGAUCAUCUCCAGGGAACGAACACUGCAGGGACAGACGCUCGAAUCGUCAACAGAGAGAGGGAACCAAUUUAUAAAGUGGGUACAUACACAUCAUCGAUCAAGGAACAACCACCGAGGGAGCAGCUCUAUCAGCAGCCACACCAAAUAUCGGGGUUUAAAAAAAUCAGAUUGAUUUCCAGUCCAAAGCGGGAACCACUGGAAGCUUCCGAUAUCUCCAAUACCAAGAUCAACCCAAUCCACAGUUCUGGGGAUGUGUUGAGAUUCGGAGAAUCGUUCAAGCUAACAAACACGAAGCAAAUUUCCCGUGGCGAAAGGAUCGUUCUGCGGCAGUCCAGGAUCUGUAAUGGGGGAGGUAAUCAACCAUCAUCGAAGCAUCCGUUCCCUUCCGUUUUCGAGGAACGGAACAAUUGCAAACCGAUGCAGCAAAUAAAACGAAAAUACGAGCUAGAUGAGAACCUUGAUUUGCCGAAAAAGUCCCCGACUCGGCCGGGCUGGAAUGUUGCACCGAACGCGAUGCAUCCAGGGUGAAGAUAAAGAUAAUAGACACGAAACUAAGAAGAAAGUGUGAUAGGAUUUUUAUAAAAGGAAAAUAAGAGCCUGCAUAUGUACAUCUUCAUGUUGGCGUCGAUCUUUGUACUGUUUUAUGUAUGGCGCUUCAGCGCAUCGAGCGCAUAACUUGGCAUGGAAAAAGUGUCAAAGUGUCCACGCCACGCCAAUGCUUUCCAGACGAUACUGAUCCGUUAAAGUUUUUUCCCUCAUUCCAAACUUGGGCGUAAUAAAGAGAGGGAACAUUACAAAGAUCUACACGAAUGUGGACAUGAGUUAGUUAAUUGUCGUAUGAAAAAAUAGUAGUUUUCUACAUAAAUAUUUUACCAAUUAUAAUAUGAAUUUGGUAAUAAUGAAAAUUCUGUUUAAAACAAAAUGUUUCGAAAUUGGGUUUAGAUUUCAAAUCUGUAACGACCAACAAACAAAUGGGAAGCUUAAUUUUGACCCAGGACAUCUAACAGGAAGAUCUGAGGAGUAAAAGGAUAAUCUAAUAACUG